AUCAUGAUCGUUCUGACGGACGGACAAUCAGGGGACAGUGUUGUUGCGUCCGCGCAAGCUCUUGCCGCGGACCAAGUCACCGUGUUCGCCAUCGGUGUGGGCAGCUUUGACCACUCAGAAUUACUACAGAUUACCAACAACAACCAAGGCCGGGUGUUUGAGCUCGCCGACUUCAGCGCCAUAGCUCAGAACAUCAACAGGAUUGCCGGGGCCGUCUGCAUAGAACCAACACAAGCAGUGACAACAGUAGCUCCAACUGCCCUCCCAACACUCGAGCCGUGUGACUUGAGUUUAGACCUGUUCUUUGUUCUGGACGGAUCUGGCAGCGUGGGCUUUGCAGACUUCGACAUGGUCAAACAGUUUGUUGUGGCAGUGGUCAGCACUUUCACCAUCAGUUUAACUGACACGAGAGUUGGUGUGCUCCAAUACUCAGAUGGAAGCACACUGGAGUGUAACUUGGGAGAUCAUCCUGAUGAGUCAUCCUUCGUCAGCGCCGUCAGUGGCAUGGCACGCCAAGGCGGAGGCACAAGAACUGGAAGAGCUCUGGAGUUUGCACGUCUGAUGGCCGCCUGGAGGCCGGCACCUGUUCCAAGAAUCAUGAUCGUUCUGACCGACGGACAAUCAUUCGACAGUGUUGUUGCGUCCGCGCAAGCUCUUGCCGCGGACCAAGUAACCGUGUUCGCCAUCGGUGUGGGCAGCUUUGACCACUCAGAAUUACUACAGAUCACCAACAACAACCAAGGCCGGGUGUUUGAGCUGGCCGACUUUAGCGCCAUAGCUCAGAACAUCAACAGGAUUGCCGGGGCCGUCUGCAUUGAACCAACACAAGCAGUGACAACUGUAGCUCCAACUGCCCUCCCAACACUCGAGCCGUGUGACUUGAGUUUAGACCUGUUCUUUGUUCUGGACGGAUCUGGCAGCGUGAGCGUUGCAGACUUCGACAUGGUCAAACAGUUUGUUGUGGCAGUGGUCAGCACUUUCACCAUCAGUUUAACUGACACGAGAGUUGGUGUGCUCCAAUACUCAGAUGGAAGCACACUGGAGUGUAACUUGGGAGAUCAUCCUGAUGAGUCAUCCUUCGUCAGCGCCGUCAGUGGCAUGGCACGCCAAGGCGGAGGCACAAGAACUGGAAGAGCUCUGGAGUUUGCACGUCUGAUGGCCGCCUGGAGGCCGGCACCUGUUCCAAGAAUCAUGAUCGUUCUGACCGACGGACAAUCAUUCGACAGUGUUGUUGCGUCCGCGCAAGCUCUUGCCGCGGACCAAGUAACCGUGUUCGCCAUCGGUGUGGGCAGCUUUGACCACUCAGAAUUACUACAGAUCACCAACAACAACCAAGGCCGGGUGUUUGAGCUGGCCGACUUUAGCGCCAUAGCUCAGAACAUCAACAGGAUUGCCGGGGCCGUCUGCAUUGAACCAACACAAGCAGUGACAACAGUAGCUCCAACUGCCCUCCCAACACUCGAGCCGUGUGACUUGAGUUUGGACCUGUUCUUUGUUUUGGACGGAUCUGGCAGCGUGAGCGUUGCAGAUUUCGACAUGGUCAAAGACUUUGUUGUGGCUGUGGUCAGCACUUUCACCAUCAGUUUAACUGACACGCGAGUUGGUGUGCUCCAAUACUCGCAUUUCAACACACUGGAGUGCAACUUGGGAGAUCAUCCUGAUGAGUCCUCCUUCGCCAGCGCCGUCAGCACCAUGACAUACCAAAACGGAGGCACAAGCACAGGGGCAGCUCUGGAGUUCGCACGUCAAAUGGCCGCCUGGAGGCCGGCGCCUGUUCCAAGGAUCAUGAUCGUUCUGACCGACGGAAAGUCAGGGGACAGCGUCGUCGCGCCUGCGCAAGCCCUUGCCGCGGACCAAGUAGCCGUGUUCGCCAUCGGUGUAGGCAGCUUCUACCGCCCAGAAUUGCUACAGAUUACCAACAACAACCAAGGCCGGGUGUUCGAGCUUGCCGACUUUAGCGCCAUAGCUCAGAACAUCAACCGGAUUGCCCGGGCUGUCUGCAUUGAACCAACACAAGCAGUGACAACAGUAGCGCCAACUGCGCUCCCUACAGUUGAGCCAUGUGACGAAAGUGUAGACCUGUUUUUUGUUCUGGACGGAUCUGGCAGCGUGAGCAUUGCAGACUUCGAUAUAGUCAAAGAGUUUGUCGUGGCAGUGGUCAGUGGAUUCACCAUCAGUUUGACUGAAACUAGAGUUGGUGUGCUCCAAUACUCACAUUUCAACACACUUGGGUGUAACUUGGGAGAUCACCCUGAUUGGUCAUCUUUCGUCAACUCCAUGAACACCAUGACACGCCAAGACGGAGGCACAAAUACCGGAGCAGCUCUGGAGUUCGCACGUCAACGCGCCGCCUGGAGGGCUGCACCUGUACCAAGGAUUAUGAUCGUUCUGACUGACGGAAAGUCAUCGGAUGGUGUCGUCGCGCCCUCGAUGGCUCUGGACGCGGACCAAGUAACCGUGUUUGCCAUUGGUGUGGGCAGCUUUGACUCCUCAGAACUACUACAGAUUACCAACUACAACCAAGAUCGGGUGUUUGAGCUGACCGACUUCAACGCCAUAGCUCAGAUCACCAACCGGAUUAUCCAGGCUGCCUGCAUGAAUAUUGACUCAGCAACAACACAAGAAACGACAACAAUGCAGACGACAACAGCAGCAAUUCUGUUCCCAACAGUCGAGCCGUGUGACGUCUCGUCAGACCUGUUCUUUGUUCUGGACGGAUCUGGCAGCGUGGGCCAUUCAAACUUCAACACAGUGAAACAGUUUGUCGUGACUUUGGUCAGCGCCUUCACCAUCGGUUUGAAUGACGUAACGGACACUAGAGUUGGUGUGAUCCAAUACUCAAGUGGCAACGCACUGGAGUGUAACCUGGGAGAUCAUCCUGAUGAGUCCUCCUUCGUCACCGCCAUAAACACCAUGACGUACCAAGAUGGGUACUCCACAAAGACCGGAGCAGCUCUGCAGUUCGCAAGUCAAAGCGCCGCCUGGCGGCCUGCACCUAUUCCAAGGAUUAUGAUAGUUCUCACCGACGGUAUGGCUCAUGACAGCGUCGUCGCGCCCUCCCAAGCUCUUGCCGCGGACCAAGUUAACGUGUUCGCCAUCGGUGUGGGCAACUUUGACCGGCCAGAACUUCUACAGAUUACCAACAACAACCCAGGCCGAGUGUUCGAGCUUGCAGACUUCGACGCCAUACGGGAUAAGAUCAACGACAUUGCCCUGGCUGUCUGCAUGGGUUAGGGUUAGUAUUGGAUCAAGGAACAAUAGUUGCCUACGUAGUAACAUCCUUGGUAGCAAGCUGGGCUGCCGUUCUUUUAACAUUAAUCGGAUUGUUCCAAAUCGGGUCUGCAACAACUCCACCGGAACUAACAACUGUCUAAUCAAUUCAUACGUGCAUACAUCAGUCCCUUGGGUAUCUACAUGUACAGAACAACUGACGCAUGGAAUGCCAAACAUCCUAAAAAGGGACUGAUUGAAUUGACUCAAUUGGGUAGAGGUCACAAUAGUGGUACAUACAUGCCGUACUCAAACCACAGGUCUACAUGUGCUAUAUAAAAACCCGACAUAACUAGAUAUAGAAUGAUUGCUAUCAUGAAAUUCUUCCGUAUAACGAACGUUACAAUAGUUCCAAUUAUCUGCCAUUGUAUCUAAUGUAGUAGUUAUCGACUUAGCAACGAACUCUAAUGUACUAAACUAGCUAUAGUAUGUGCCAUGUACUAAACUAGUUUUAUGUAUUGUAGUAACAGCAAUGACAGUCACCCCUGAGACAGUUUCCAAGGAUUUAUUUACCUGUCAGUAUUAUUCUUAUUACAUAAUAGCGCCAUUUAUUCUUAUUACAUAAUAACGCAAUUUAUUCCAGAUGGUCAGGAUUUGUAAUUACAUAAAAGCAAAUAAUUCUAAUGAAUGUAGUAGGGUUGGGCCACGUCCCAAUUCAUGUGGAGAGAUGGAUAGCUAAAUAAGACACACAAAUAUCUAACUAGCUAGCUAAAUAUACGAGGGUGGAUCAAAAAGUAAUGAAAGUGGUUUUAUAACGGGCUCACUUUUUCAUCGAAUGAUCGAUCAUUUUCACCAAAUCCCAAAAUAGAUAAUUUCAAACAGACGCGUCGCAAAAAGUUCCACAUUUGACCAAAAAACACCAUUAAUACCAGGUUAUUUGCCUUUAAUACAUGAGCACAUGAUGCCAAAAUAUUCAUAUUGUGUCUAAGACUAACCAAAAUCCAGAAAUAAAUCAUUUUAUAGAGGUGUAUGCCGAAAGUUCAAUAAAAGGUAUGGGGUCAUAUCUAGAAGACAGACCCACACCAAAUUUCAGAUUAUCUUGUAUUGAUAUCAGAAAAUCAAAUUAUACAUUUUUUUUGUCUGAGAAUAUCCCCCAACCCCAAAAUGAAUUACUGUAUAAUAUCUUGCUUUAUUAGACUCCUGUAAAUAACUGGUGUAAAAUUUAGCCAAUCAUGUCCUCGGUUUAACCUCGAGGUAACGUUAGACAUCAAUCUAUUGUGUAGUUGUUUGCAAUCAUUCGUUUGUGUACAUUCAGAAAAAAAUUAGUAUAUUAUUGGUGUCGUUGAAUUCUUCUGCUUCUUUGG